GGUACUAUUAUGAUACAGCUGCAGCGCUCACAGAAUGAGCUAGAAAUCCAGAUGGGGCGAGGUUAGCAUUGGCAAAGAAAAGCAGGUUUAUGUCACGCAGGAUAAUCUGCAUUCGAGAAUCUGCGGGCAGUUUUAGUUUGCGUGUGUGUGAGAGACGAGAGGAAGCGAAAGCCUCUUCUUUGCUCGUAAGAAAAACUGCAACUGACCGUCACUGUCAUACUAAUGAUAAAUCCAGCGUAGAGGUAGUGGAGACAAGAAACAUUGGACUUAAAGUUGAAGAAUGCUUUGCAGCUAUGUGAAGCAGUUUGUGCCCAGUUUUGGCAGACUUGGCUCUGCUAGUUAAUGACCUAUGAGAUGACUUGCACGAUGGUGAUGAAAGGACGUCAUGUACUCCUCGUCGCCUCUGUUCCUCAUCCUGGUGUUUACCUUUGACCUCUCCAUGCUGACCGUGCAGGCUGGACCCUGCCAGAGCUGCCGCAAACUCACAGAAAAUUUCAUCAAGGGCCUGGAGCGAACAGCCAAUAAAAACUUUGGUGGUGGGAACACGGCUUGGGAAGAGGAGAAGCUGGCAAAAUACGCUCACAGCGAAACCCGCCUGCUGGAGAUCGUAGAGACAGCAUGUGAGAAAACCGACUUUGAAUGUAACAAACUGCUGGAACAGAUAGAGGACCAGGUCGAGACAUGGUGGUUCCACAGACAACAGGAAGCACCUGACUUGUUCGAGUGGUUGUGUAUUGAAGAGCUCCGACUUUGCUGCCCAGCAGGUCACUUCGGACCAGAAUGUGCUGAAUGCCCGUCAGGUCCCGGCGGUGUGUGUGGAGGUCUCGGGCGCUGUGAGGGAGAGGGAACGCGUCUGGGAGACGGGGAGUGUGUGUGUGACCCUGGCUAUUCGGGCCCUCUGUGUCAGGACUGUGCAGACGGAUAUUACAGAGAGAAGAGCUCCAAUCACUCGCAGCCGCCCUGCUCAGCCUGCUAUCACUCCUGUAAAAAGUGUAGUGGUCCACAAGACUACAAGUGUCUGGACUGCAAGCCCGGAUGGAUCCUUCAUGACAACAAGUGUGUGGAUGUGGAUGAGUGCGGCACUGAGUUGGCUCGCUGCUCGUCUAACACUUACUGUUUCAACACUGAUGGCUCGUACGAAUGCAGAGGUUGUGAUCCGGCGUGUGUAGGAUGCAUGGGCAGUGGUCCUGCUCGCUGUAAGAAAUGCGCUCGAGGUUACAGACUGACCGGAGCUAAGUGUCUCGAUGUGGAUGAGUGUAAGGAGAAAGCAAUAGCGUGUCCGGGACUGAAUGAAGCUUGUAUUAAUGAACAGGGUUCGUUCCGAUGUGAGUGCGCAGAGGGCUUCAUACGCAGAGACAGCAUCUGUGUGGAGAACCUGCCACCUUCUGAUCCAGAUAAAGGCUUAUUUGACGACAUGACGGAUGACGAGGUGCUCGUCCUUCAGCAGAUGUUUUUCGGAGUGGUGAUCUGCGCGCUAGCCACGCUAGCCGCUAAAGGAGACAUGGUCUUCACUGCCAUCUUUAUUGGGGGCGUGGCUGCCAUGGCUGGCUACUGGCUCUCGGAGAAAGGCGACCGCAUGCUGGACGGUAUCCUCAAAGGACGCUAACCAAUCAGAAUCUCAGGAACUAGAAAGCGAGGACAGAUCGGCGAAUGGUACACAAGCCUAUUAGGCGACCUAAACUUGAAGAAGUGGGAGGGGCUGGGAGGUGGGACAGCGAGGAGUCAGGGGAGAGGAGGGGGGAUUAUAGCAAUGUUGCUGCGUCAAGGGCUGGGAAAUUUAACGUUCAGACUAUGCUAUGAUUUUGUACUACGCUCUUUUAUAUGCACAGUACAAUUUCUCUGCUGCUCUGCUAUAAGAGACUUUACAUAGAGAAGUUUUUACUACACUUGAUCCGGAUUAAGAUUUUAGAAAGGGACUUCACUAAAGCUUGGCAUGUAAUAGAAUAUAUUUACUGUAUGUGUGUCUCAGAAGAAAGGACAGCCGUAUAACAUAACGCUGAAUCUUUCUCCCGUUUUAGUUUUGGCCUCAAAUACUUUAAGCAGCCUGCUACUUUGACACUUUAUGUUUGCUCAGUUUAGAUUAUGGAUGGAAUGAUAUGAAAAAAAAGACAGAUUUUUAAUCUAUGAUUAUAUUUAAGCAUCAUGGGCAAACCUGUGAACUAUCGUUAUAAACCGUCCGUUUGAAAUUGGCAUUGAAAUUGAAAAAUCCUAGUUAUUUCAGAGUUUCUUGCCAUGAUGUAUUGUUAUACCUGUAUAUCAUCUCACCCCUAAUUUAGACAAAGCAAAAAAUUGAGCAGAAAUGUUCUUUAGAGGAAGAUAAGACAGAGCGUAUGUAUGAAGGUUUUUUUUUUUUUUUUUCCCCCACUCCAUCCUACACACAUUUUAUGAAAUGCAUGAACACUUGACCUAGGAAGGAUAUUUAUACUGUGUGCUCUGAAACAUCUUUAACUUACAUAAUUUUUCUUUGAAUAAUUUCACUUUUUUUUUCAUUUAUUGAGCAGUAAGAGUAAGGACUAUAAAUGUUAUUUAUUUAAUUAUUUAUUAAUUACAGCUCCUUAUAGGUGUAUUUUUUCCUGAUAUUAUUAUGUAUUUAUACAAGAGGUUAUUAGAUUGUCUUCAUUUGUUGUUUUUUUUUCCAUUUAAAUGUCUUUAUUUGAAUUUGUAAGUAGAGCAUCAUUUUGUGAUGUCUAUAUGGCAGAUGUGUGUGUGUGUGUUAUGAUGUUUUUUUAAAUUUUAUUUAUUUAUUUUUUAUAAUUUCAGGGGCUUUCGAAUUCAAAAUCCAUGAGCCUUGCUCAUUAAAUAUUAGACCUACACGUCUGUGAAAUUGGCACCCGUUUAAAAAGAACAUGAAUAAUACUUCAAGGUAAUUCAUUUGUGCUUCUUUGAUAGUUUUUUUUUUUUUUUUUUGAGAUAUUUUAGCACAUAUAUUUAAAUAUAUGUACCAUCAUGGCUGAGAGUGAUAUCACAGUGCAUUAAUUUACAGUGAACUCUAAACCACACCAAAAAACAACUAACCAAAUGAGUAUCGAUCAUUUGUUUGUAUUUGUGCUAUACCAUUUGUUUUGGACUAUUUUUAGGUAUUCACUGUGAACUCCAACAAAAUAUAGCUGCUAUAAUAUCUCAAAUAAACAGACUAACAAUCAUUUUAUUGCACAGAUCAGCAAAAAUGAUCUGCUCAUAUAAAAGCUAGCUAAGCUGGAAAAAAACGAAUUACAUUAUAUAUGUGAAAUUGAAUUUAAAACAUUUAUAAAGAUAAAUAAUGCUUUCUCCAUGUGGAACCUCCAGGAUCUGAUUUCAGUAUGACAUAUGAUGCAUGAGCUCCUUUUAAUAAGAAACUUUUUUUUUUUCUCUUUCUUUUUUAAAUUAAAACUGUCAGUUGUCUUGAAUUGAAAAAGCUAGUCCACCUAUGAACUCCAUAGUCUACCUCCAUGUUUCAGAUUUUAGGCUUUUGCUGUAAUAAUGCCACAGAAAUAAUCAUUAGUUUUAAUGAUUUGAUUUAUUCUAUGCCAAAACCGUGGAUCAUUUCAUUAAAGCCUUUUCAAGUCA